UCUCUCAAACUUUCUCGCUCCUCACUUCCUUCCUCGUUUUUCUCAUCUUCAGUAAGCAGUUACCGUUAAAAGUUCAAUUCCCUUUUUUCCCCUAAAAUUCUAAAAACCCAAAUUUAUUAUGGUAUCUCUUUAUCCAUUUCCGAGUAAUUUAGGGUUUUGAGUGGCUACUGUUUGGCGCAAUUAGGUGAAUUGAAGGCAUGGGUCGAUCGAGGGCAGUCUCUCGUCCCACUGAAGAGGAUCUCAAUCAAAGAUCCAAAAGGAAAAAGACCGGGUCUAGUGUUGUCGACAAUGUAGAGCUCCCAUCUACUGGCGUUGGGCAGGUACCAAGUGAAGCAAAAGGGCCAGCUUUAUAUCACUGUAAUUAUUGCAACAAGGAUCUUUCUGGAAUGGUUCGGAUUAAGUGUGCAGUUUGUCCAGAUUUUGAUCUUUGUCUUGAAUGCUUUUCCGUUGGAGCUGAAAUUUCUCCUCACAAAGGCAAUCAUCCAUUCAGGGUUAUGGACAAUUUGUCUUUCCCACUUAUUUGUCCAGACUGGAAUGCAGAUGAGGAGAUAUUGCUUCUUGAGGGGAUUGAAAUGUACGGAUUCGGGAAUUGGGCUGAAGUUGCAGAACAUGUUGGAACCAAGAGCAAAUCACAAUGUAUUGAUCACUAUAAUGCUAUAUACAUGAACUCUCCUUGUUUUCCUCUGGCAGACUUGUCUCAUGUUAUGGGAAAGAGCAGAGAGGAGCUCCUUGCCAUGGCCAAAGGGAAUGGUCAAGUCAAAAAAGAAUUCACCACACAUGGUGAGCUUUCCCUGAAACAACAGUCUUCCUCCGGUGCAAAAGUCAAAUACGAGGCACCAAGAAAAGAAGACCCAGCUCAUCAAUCAUCAUCUAGCUUAACCGGAGAAAUAGGGUCUCGUAUUGAUUCAAGCAGUGGCGGCAACACAUUCCCAGGUGCUGGCAAAAAGACCUCCAACAUGGUUCAGAAUAAAGAAGGCAUUAAAGUAGAAGAACCUCAAUCAGACAGGAGCAUUGGCGAGAAAAAACCUAGGGUUUUCACCGAGGAGGAACCUUCUAUAACUGAGCUGAGUGGCUAUAAUUCCAAGAGGCAGGAAUUUGAAAUUGAAUAUGAUAAUGAUGCGGAGCAGUUAUUGGCAGACAUGGAAUUUAAGGAUACCGACACUAAGGCUGAGCGUGAAUUGAAGUUGCGUGUACUACAUAUAUACUCAAAAAGGCUUGAUGAGAGGAAGCGCAGGAAGGAUUUUAUCCUUGAAAGAAAUUUACUUUACCCCGACCCUUUCGAGAGAAACCUCUCACCCGAGGAGAGGGAAAUAUACCAGCGUUACAAGGUGUUUAUGCGCUUCCACUCAAAAGAAGAGCAUCAAGAGUUGCUUAAGAGUGUCAUAGAGGAACAUCGGAUUGUCAAAAGAAUACAAGAACUUCAGGAAGCUCGAGCUGCUGGUUGCCGAACCACUGCUGAAGCCAAUAAAUUUAUUGAACAGAAGAGAAAAAAGGAAACUGAAAAAAAUGCCCAGAGACUCAAGGAAAGUGUACAAGCUGGUCCUAGUGGCAAAGUGUUACUGCAUGGCAGUCCGAGAGGUGUCGUGAGAGGAUCCACUGGUUUACAACCUUCCGGUAAAGAAUCAUCAACUUUCAUGGGACAAACUACAUUAAGCACCCUGGAUGAUUGGGAUAUCACUGGAUUCAUAGGAUCAGAUUUGUUGUCGGAUACUGAGAAACAGCUGUGCAGUGAGAUCAGAAUACUGCCAUCACAUUAUCUGUCAAUGUUGCAGACCUUAUCAAUGGAGAUUAUGAAGGGAAAUAUUAGCAAGAAAUCUGAUGCUCACAACCUGUUCAAAGUUGAAGCAAGCAAGGUGGAUAGAGUGUAUGAUAUGUUGGUGAAAAAGGGGAUUCUUCAAAAUGCAGCACCUCCAGUUUUGUAGAUUGAAAUUGUACAUAUCUAUUCAGAUGGGUAGAAAGAUUUAUUAUAUUGCUCAUUCAUACUACAAUUUAUCAUUAGCAAGAAAAAGA